UUUUGUCUUUUCUCUUUUUCAAUUAAAAAGUUGAUCCCUUUAAUAUAUAUUUUUUGGGGGCUCCGUCUAUAAAUUUCCUCAUCAUCUAGUGCUUGGAUCACCUCAUUGCGUUCAUUUGAUCAAAGCUUAGCUUCUCUCUGUUUAGUUUAACUGAGAAUCAAUGGCCGGCCGUGUGAUCACCCGCGUUCACAGUCAACGUGAACGCCUGGACGAGACACUUGCUGCCCAAAGAAAUGAAGUGCUGGCCUUGCUUUCAAGACUUGAAGGCAAGGGAAAAGGAAUUCUGCAACAUCACCAGCUUAUUGCUGAGUUUGAAGCUCUUCCUGAAGACAACAGGAAGAAGUUGGCUGAGGGGGCAGUGUUCGAAAUUCUUAGAUCUUCACAGGAAGCAAUAAUUCUGCCACCAUGGGUUGCCCUUGCUGUGCGGCCAAGGCCUGGUGUAUGGGAGUACAUAAGAGUAAAUGUUCAUGCUCUUGUUGUUGAAGAGCUGCGUGAGUCUGAGUAUCUUCACUUCAAGGAAGAGCUUGUUGAUGGAAGCUUGAAUGGCAACUUUGUGCUUGAGUUGGAUUUUGAGCCCUUCAAUGCAUCUUUCCCUCGCCCAACUCUUUCCAAGUCGAUUGGAAAUGGAGUUGAGUUCCUCAACCGCCAUCUCUCGGCCAAAUUGUUCCAUGAUAAGGAGAGUCUGCACCCGUUGCUCGAGUUUCUCCGAGUCCACUGCCACAAGGGCAAGAAUAUGAUGCUGAACGAUAGGAUCCAGAACCUUAACUCGCUUCAACAUAUUCUGAGGAAGGCAGAGGAAUAUCUGUCUACAUUGCCACCCGAAACACCAUAUGCUGAAUUAGAACACAAGUUCCAGGAGAUUGGACUGGAGAGAGGAUGGGGUGACACAGCUGAGCGUGUGCUAGAAAUGAUUCAACUUCUGUUGGAUCUUCUUGAGGCACCUGAUCCCUGCACUCUUGAGAAGUUCCUUGGCAGAAUUCCCAUGGUUUUUAAUGUUGUCAUCCUUACCCCCCAUGGAUACUUUGCCCAGGACAAUGUUUUGGGUUACCCUGACACUGGAGGCCAGGUUGUCUACAUCUUGGAUCAAGUCCGUGCAUUGGAAACUGAGAUGCUUCAACGUAUAAAGCAGCAAGGCCUUAAUAUCACUCCACGAAUCCUCAUUAUUACCCGGUUGCUCCCUGAUGCGGUGGGGACUACUUGUGGCCAGCGUAUGGAGAAAGUAUAUGGCACCGAGUAUUCAGAUAUUCUUCGUGUUCCCUUUAGAACCGAGAAGGGAAUUGUUCGACAAUGGAUCUCACGAUUUGAAGUCUGGCCUUACCUAGAGACCUUCACUGAGGAUGUUGCAACUGAAAUUUCUAAAGAGUUACAGGGCAAGCCUGACCUUAUCAUUGGGAACUACAGUGAUGGAAACAUUGUUGCCUCUUUAUUGGCUCAUAAACUGGGGGUCACUCAGUGUACCAUCGCUCACGCCCUUGAGAAGACCAAGUAUCCUGAUUCAGAUAUUUACUGGAAAAAGCUUGAGGACAAAUACCAUUUCUCUUGCCAGUUCACAGCGGAUCUUAUAGCCAUGAACCACACAGAUUUUAUUAUUACAAGUACUUACCAAGAAAUUGCCGGAAGCAAGGACACUGUUGGUCAGUAUGAGAGUCACACGGCUUUCACUCUUCCUGGACUCUACCGUGUCGUUCAUGGGAUUGACGUGUUUGACCCCAAGUUCAACAUUGUGUCCCCCGGUGCUGAUAUGAGCAUCUACUUCCCAUACACUGAGGAGAGUAGGAGGUUGAAAUCUUUCCAUCCCGAGAUCGAAGAGCUUCUUUACAGUGCUGUAGAGAAUGAAGAGCACUUAUGUGUGCUAAGUGACCGCAGCAAGCCCAUUCUAUUCACCAUGGCAAGGCUGGAUCGUGUGAAGAACUUGACUGGACUUGUUGAGUGGUACGGGAAGAAUGCUAAGCUACGGGAAUUGGUUAACCUAGUUGUAGUGGGUGGAGACAGGAGAAAAGAAUCCAAGGACAAUGAGGAGAAGGCUGAAAUGAAGAAUAUGUUUGAGCUGAUUGAAAAAUACAAUUUGAAUGGGCAGUUCAGAUGGAUCUCCUCCCAGAUGAACAGGGUGAGAAAUGGUGAGCUCUACCGCUACAUUUGUGAUACCAAGGGAGCUUUUGUGCAGCCUGCAUUGUAUGAGGCCUUUGGUUUGACUGUUGUUGAGGCCAUGACCUGUGGAUUACCAACAUUUGCAACCUGCAAUGGUGGUCCUGCUGAGAUCAUUGUACAUGGUAAAUCUGGCUUCCACAUUGAUCCAUACCAUGGUGGUCAGGCUGCUGAGAUCCUUGUUGAUUUCUUUGUGAAAUGCAAGGAGGAUCCAUCUCACUGGGACAAGAUCUCUCAGGGAGGCCUGCAGAGAAUCCAGGAGAAGUACACAUGGCAAAUUUACUCUCAGAGGUUACUGACUCUAACCGGAGUUUAUGGAUUCUGGAAACAUGUGUCUAACCUUGAUCGUCGCGAGAGUCGUAGGUACCUGGAAAUGUUUUAUGCCCUCAAGUAUCGUAAGCUGGCUGAAUCUGUUCCUUUAGCCGUUGAGUAAGUGGAAGUUUGGAAGGAAGGCAACUUGUGGGUUUUGAAGAAUAAUUAAUAUAUAUGAUUGUUUUGGCAUUGUGAAUGGUCAAGAAAGGCCUUAAAUUUUCCUUUUUACAUAUAUAUUCUUCUUUUUAUUUCCAUUUUGUAUGUUAUCAUCAUCGGCUUUGUUUGAAUUUGGCUGUUGAGCCCAUCUAUUCCAGUAAAGGUUUGUGUUUUUAGUU